UUUCAGCCGAUUACCACUCUUCUCCUCCUCCAACCGGCGGAGCUGCAGAAUGACACCUUGAAAGCGCAGCUGUCAAAAGUUUUGGGGAGGAAUUUCUGCGUCGAUCGCUUGGCUGCACCGAGAGGGAUGUCGAGGAAAUGACAGUUUAGGGAAAUGUGUCGAUGACGGCUGGAGACGGGGGGUAGAGAGAGAGUGGGACAGAGUGAGAAAGAGAGAGAGAGCGAUGUGAGCAGCCGGCGACGGCAGCGUCCCUCGUCGAAGCAGUUCGUGUGUUCGCCGCGCGUACGCGAAGCGAACUAGUAUUCAGUCUCCGUCGUGAGGGCGGGCGCGUCUGCCGCAGCUAAAAGGUCCCGUUUCGACCGACUGCUCUCAUUGCAGUCCAGUCUGCCGAGCAGAGCGGGCUGGAUCAGCAGCACAGCCUCCCUUCUCCAUUCAAGGAUUUACUUGUACUCCUUCAGCAGGGGACCAGCGGAACCGAAUCUUGCUCUCAGUGGACAAUGUUUCUCUUGCAGUACACAGGUAAAUUGCCUCAAGUUUUACCUUUAAUCUCUCUUUAUUUCCCCCUCUUUCACACCUUGAUAUCACUUCUUGUGCUGCCACGGACUUGUUUUGUAUGUGUAUCCAGCCUGACUUGGCGCGUUAUGAAGCAUGAUCUGAGGAGAUGAAAUAAACAUCAGCUUACAGAUGUUCGAGUUGUCGGGCGUUUACUUGCGAUAACGGCAGGGUCUGCGCUGUGUUCCCAGCUCCAGUACUGGGUGUGCAGUGCCAUGUCUAUAAGCAUAGUAAAUGUUUGAUUCCUGGAGAUGUUGACGGUCACGAAGACACGCCUUGUAGAAGGGAUGAAGUUUAUGAUAAUGGAUGAAAUCUAUGAUGAUGUAGUAAAGGAGCACGCGUCCACACGUCCUGCUCUGUCUCCUGUGUUCCGGCUCCGGAUCGGACAUUCUGUAUUCUUGCCAUGCUUUAUGAAGUGUUUCAUCUAUUUUUAAGUUCUUGUCUUCUUCCAUUUCCAGCAUUGUGAGGUAUAAAGGCGGUCUAUCUGGCAUUACGUGGUUGAAGCGGACCUUGUUUGUUUGUGAUGCGUUUAGGUGGCCAAGAUCAGGUCUUUGUUCAGUAGCAAAUGAUCAAAUGUAAGAUAUAUAUAUAUAUAUACAGUGGCUUUCUUUUAAGCAGUGAGCAUUAUAAUAACAUUUUUCCUGAAGCCUAAGCCACUGAAUGAUCAGUCAUGAAAUUAAGCUUAUCUCAUCCAUCAGAUAGAGUAAAGAAACAAAUAGUAUUUCCUUAAAGUCAACAGUGGCCUCUGCUGCCACAAUUCGGACCGGACUCCGAAUAUACAGUGAAAAGGAAUCCAGACCUCUGAAGUGCAGUGUGAAAACCAGUAAGAGGGAUCUGACAACUGCUCAAGGCCACCUAUUGGACUCAACGCUCUGCCCUUUGAUCCAUCGACGAAUAACGAACCUCUCCAUUUUAACGGCACCAGCGGGCCACUAGUGGCAGAGUGUCCUUCUCUUGAAAGUACAACCGAAAAUAGCAAGAAGAGGAAGCGAGCCAGCCUGCCAGCAGAGGCGAUCCAUAAUAUGGCCAUGGAUUCCAACUCGAUUACGAUGCCCAUGUCUGACCCAAACCAUUGGGCUGCUGCAAUGAACAACAUGGCAAUGCCUCCUAUUGGUAUGACAGGACAGCCGCUUCUACCAGAUUACGAUCCUAACCUCGGAAUGAUGGCCGGAAUCACUCCCAUCAACCCUAUGAUUCCUGGCCUCAGCAUGGUGCCUGCACCCCUGGAUGUGCCUGUUGUUAAGGAGAUCAUCCACUGCAAGACCUGCACCCUCUUCCCUCCGAACCCCAACCUGCCACCUCCAGCCACGAGAGACCGGCCACCAGGGUGUAAGACGGUUUUCGUAGGUGGCCUGCCAGAGAAUGCCAAUGAGCAGCUGAUCAUGGAAGUCUUUGGGCAGUGCGGCGACAUCACCGCCAUCCGCAAAAGCAAGAAAAACUUUUGUCAUAUUCGAUUUGCGGAGGAGUUCACUGUCGACAAAGCUCUUUUCCUGUCUGGUUAUCGUAUCCGAUUGGGCUCCAGCACAGACAAAAAGGACAGCGGUCGGCUCCAUGUGGAUUUUGCUCAGGCCAGAGAUGACCUCUACGAGUGGGAGUGUCGCCAGCGCAUGUUGGCGAGAGAGGAGCGCCACCGACGCAAGAUGGAGGAGGAUCGUUUUCGGCCCCCGUCACCUCCGCCAAUCGUCCACUACUCAGACCAUGAGUGCAGCCAACUGGGAGACAAAAUUAAAGAUGAUGCAAAGUUUGCUGAGGCGGUGCGAGUGCUGCUGACAUGGCUGGAGCGCGGGGAAGUCAAUCGCAGGAACGCCAACAACUUCUACUCCAUGAUCCAGUCGUCUAACAGCCACAUCCGCCGACUCAUGAGUGAGAAGAGUCAGCACGAGAAGGAGAUGGAAGAGGCCAAGGAGAAGUUUAAGAACGCUCUGGCUGGAAUACUGGCUCAAUUUGAGCAGAUUGUGUCUGUAUUCCAAGCUGCUUCCAAACAAAAGGCAUGGGACCAUUUCUCCAAAGCUCAGCGCAAGAACCUGGACGUGUGGCGCAAGCAAGCAGAGGAGAUCAGGAACAUGCACAAUGAGCAGCUGAUGGACAUCCGUCGGGAGGAGGAGAUGGAGAUGUCUGACGAUGAUAUGGAGGAUCCUUCUGACAGCAAGGACUCGGAGGACUCAGGUGUUUCCCAAGUAGAAGCCUUAAAAGAGGAGAACGACUCGUUGCGGUGCCAGUUGGACGCCUACAGGAACGAGGUGGAGCUGCUUAAGCAGGAACAAGGCAAGAACCAGCCAAUGAGGAGCGAAGAAGACAGCACACAUGCUCAGCAACUCAGCUUCCUACAGCAGGCUCUGCAAGGCAUGCAGAAGCAACUGCUGGGAAUGAGGGAAGAACUCAAACAGCGAGAAGCUGAGCUGGAGACCAGUUUUGAGGAGAAGCAGCAGUUGAUGAUUCAAGUGCAGAACCUAAAAGAGGGACUUCAGAACCUGCCAAGCACACAGUUGAUCCAGCUGGAGGUGCAGGAGGAUGACAGAGGAAGGGAGGAGGCCACAAAUCAAACAAGUGAAGCGACAGUGACGGCAGUGGUGUCCUGCAGUCCGGAGAAAGAAGGUCCAACAGAGAAGAUGCCGACGAGUCCCAUUCACUCGGAAAGAGAGGCACUCCUAGUUGGGAUUAUUUCAACAUUCCUGCACGUCCAUCCAUUUGGAGCCAGCAUCGAGUACAUCUGCUCCUACCUGCAGCGAUUGGACACAAAGAUCACCCCGACUGAGGUGGAGGCCCUGCUCUCUCGGCUGCCCUGCACCUUCAGGCAGGAGCUCACCGGCGUCGGCGCCAGUUUGGAGAAGCGCUGGAACUUCUGCGGUUUCCAGGGCAUCAAAAACACAUAGAAUCUCCUGGCUUUUUUUUUUUUUUUUUCUGGUUUGGGGGGGCAAACGGAGGACUUGGCUUUCAUGGUCUGUCAAGAUGGGGGUCAAAGUGGAAGCCUUAAAUAUGACAUCAAAACCCGAGCACUGAUCACAGACCUUCGAUGUUUCCUCGCAACUUCACACUUAAAGAGGAUGUGGGGAAUGAAGACGUUUCCACAGCAACACAGACAAGGUCCUUCACCUCUCAAAAGCCUCUGCGAAGUGUUUCUCAACGCAACGUCUCCUUGAGAGCCGUGCAAUAUUCCUCCAGUCACUGGAUCAGCGUGCGCACGGCGGCGCCACACGGGCAGGACGUGCUCCACCUGCAGAGGUCAUCAGGGUCAAACUGAACACUUCAAACCUGUAAAUCCCUUCGACCUCCAUCCCGUCUCUUUGGCUGUUUGUAACAUAGUCCACAAAUGGAUAUAUUUCUUCAUUUUCUGUAAAGGCAUAGAAACAACCGUUGUAAUACACUGUAAAUGCUUGGAUUGUAUUUUUGAUUA